AUGUCUGCAUCGAAUCGGGCAGAAAAUGCCCAAACAUUUUGUUUUCCUGAUCUGUCCGUAUUAGAUAAAUCUGCAUCUUUUCACUCAAGCCAUGAAGGUAAAGUUUGGACCCGAUUAUUGAUUAAUUUAUGUUGGUGGCUUCAUGACAUGUAUGAAGAAAACGGAGCUGAUCCAAAUUCAAAAUAUGCUUACAUUGACGACAAACUUGCACAAUGUCGGUCUUUAUUUCCGGCAGAAUCCGUACUGAUUUUUUCUGACGUAAGUGUUCUCCCACAAGAGCAGCAUCCAUUUUUAAUUUGCCGUCAAGAUGCACAGAAGACAGUUAUAUUGGUAUUUCGUGCAACCGUCUCAUCAAAGUCGCUAAAUGAUGUAUUUACAGAUAUUAGUUUUCAUGCCAAUCGGGAAGCUUACGAAGGUAGCAGACAUGCAGGAUUUUCCAAGCGAGCUAAAUCAGGGCCAUUAAUUGCUGUUAUCAGUUGGCUAUUGCAAGGAUGGAAGAUUAUUAUUACUGGUCAUUCGUUGGGUGGUGCAGUGAGCCAACUAUUUACCUGUGCAGUUAUUAAAUCUCUUGCUGAAAUGGGUAAAACUUCUAAUGAUGUUAUUUUAAGAUGCGUCACUUUUGGGGUGCCUCAAUGUGCUGAUAACGAUUUCUGGUCGAGUUAUGUGAACUGGUAUGGUGUGUUUGAUACUUAUAUAUAUGAAAAUGAUGCAAUUUUUCGUUUGGCUACCUUUGGGUCGAAAAAGGCGAAUAAGAUAGUUAAAUCAUUUUGUAAUUGCUAUGCAAAGAUCGGAAGAAAGCUUAUUGCGUAUUUUAUUGGCGAGCCACUGCAAACAAUACUUGAUGCUGGUGGUCAAAUUGUCGAUAUGAUAAGUGAUGCUGUCAUUCCUACUUACGCUGUGUUAGGACGUCAUCAUUUUAUUGUUAAAAAUCAGACAGCAAGUUUAGAAAUCAAAACAAUUGGCGAAUCUGAAGAUGAAAAAAACAUCAUGUUGAAAUAUUUGAGAGAUGGAGAUAAUUGGUACACUUAUUUUUUGAAGAGACAAUUGAUUCCUUCUGAGCCAUUCAAAUUUACUUAUCGUGCAUUUAUUGAUCACGGCUGUUAUCCAUUUUCGAUUAAUCAGUUAUUUAAUGAAUCGGCUAAUCAACGAUUGAGUCAUUUAAAGGAGCCAAAAUUAACUGUGCAAAGAUCAUUACUCGAUAUCGAGCGUUCAAAAUCAAUUUUUAAUGUGUCGGCUACCGUUUUGUAUCCUAACGAAAUUAAUACAAGUGACAGCUACAUUUAUCUUAGGGGUUUUUUGGUUGAUUUUAUUCGUUUCGUGACAUUGCCACCUGAAUUAGCAGAACCUAAUCAAUCUCCAGAUAAAAUACCAAUAACAAUAUCAGAAAAAUCUGAUGGACGAGCUGUUUUAUACUACAAAUCAGAACUAUCAAGUGAGUUUAUUACAGAGAAUUCAACAAUCGUCAUUCAUGUCACUACUUUCUUUGGAUCCUGUGAUGUUUCUGUUGCUCGUUUAUCAAAUUCAGGCAGUCAAAUAGCACGUGAAACUCUUCAACAAGAUCCAAUCUCAAUAAUACUCUCUGCUUAUCAAGAAUUAGUUUUAGAUGCGAGUUCAGUUCAAGAACACAACAACUCACCUUUGUCACAAUACUUCUCACAGGUUUUCGAUGCAUUCAAAUUAAUUGGUAACGACGAAUUAGAUGAACUUUUGGCAAGAUACAUCACUGAAUUACAGACUUCUAAUUAUCUGGACAACGCUACGAAAUAUUUAGAAUCUAUUCAGCUGCCUCAAGCACGCGACAGUAAAAAGGAAUACUUUCGAAACGAGCUGAAGCUGUUAAAGAAAACUAGCGAUGAUGCAAACAACGUUUCCGAUGAAACGCGACAAAAAGCUAAAGAAAUCUAUAACAGAUUGUCAAAUACACUUAAUUCUGUUGAUGGACCACAACUGACACCUUUAUAUCUAGAAUAUGAUAAACUUCGCCAGCAUUUGCAUGAUUUGCAUACUCACCAAGACCGAGAUAUUGAUGCUAUCAAAGAAGCCAUGAAAAUUACUAUGGCUCCAUUGUUUUUCAUUAAUGUUAAACUAAACAGUUUAGUCGGUGCUUUUCAGAAGGGAACUCUGCAGUAUGCUGCUGAAUCAGCUUUAGCCAUAGGUGGCAUGUAUGUAGGAUUAUUUGCAGCCUUGCCAGGUUUCGUAUUCGGACGCCGAGGCAUCAGAUUAGGGGACGCUAUAAUGCGCAAAAUUGUAGAUAAUUGGUCCAAGUUUGAUAUACUAAAGAAGAGCAUAAGAGAAUUGGCAAUUGAUUUGUUGAAAUCAAGUGGCGAAUGUGUAGAUAUAAAUGAAGAUGUGUGGCAACUCCUAACUCGCAUUAAAGAAUGUACGUGGUCACAAGAAAUAAUAAAAGCUAAAUCUGUACAGGAAUUAAAUGCGAUUUGGAAGCACACAUUUAAAAAGAACACUUUAUUGGAUUGUGGUAAGUCAUCUGCAAGUAGGGAUGCACCGGUGAUGGUCAUCGUCACCGGUCGCUUUUAUCUACUUCAUCGACUACCUUUGCACUGUUACUACCGUAUGCCAAUCUUCUGA